GAGACAAAAAUGGAGACUAGCACCUUUGAUCAGUCUACCGUAGGAGGAGGAGAAGGAACAUCAGUAAUGAUGCAACAGGAACAAGAACAAAUCCCGCAACAAGAAAUGAUGCCACCAGUAUUAGCAGAGAAGAAAAAACCAAUAAAAGUUUUGAUAGCUAUUGAUGACAGUGAAGGAAGCUUCUAUGCUUUAAAGUGGGCUCUUGAUAACUUAUUCACUUAUGAUGCUGCUUCUUCAACCGAACCUGAUCAAAAUCAAAAUUUUGGAAUGCUAUAUCUUCUUAAUGUUCAGCAGCCUUUUCAGCACUACAUCUUUCCGGCUGGUCCUGCAGUGUAUGCAACCACAUCAGUGAUAGAGUCAGUAAGGAAAGCACAAGAACAGAACUCCACCAUGUUGCUGUCUCGUGCAUUACAAAUUUGCAAACAAAGGCCGGUGAAAGUGGAAACGUUGAUGAUGGAAGGAGAUCCAAAGGACAUGAUAUGUCAAGCAGCUGAGCAGAUGCAUGCUGAUCUUGUUGUUGUUGGUAGCCGUGGUCUUGGAAAAAUUAAGAGGGCGUUUCUUGGGAGUGUUAGUGACUACUGUGCUCAUCAUGCCAAGUGCCCUAUCCUCAUUGUCAAACCACCACAGUGAUGAUAAGAUAAUUUGG